AUGUCGGGCGAGGGGCGGCUGGGCCACGGCAAUGGCGGUGGCGGUGGCGGCGACAGUGCUGAUGGUGGCGGUGCGGGGCAGGCCGGGCCGGCGGCCUCUCCGCCACAUCCUGCCCUCGGCGGCUCGGCGCGGCCUCGGCGCUCCUCUCGGAGGCCCCCUCCCCGCCUCUCCCGGCCCUUCUCCGGCCCCGGGGCUCAGCUCCGGGGAGGCGCCACGGCGCGGAGUGACAGCGGCGGCUGCGGCGCACCGGGCGGGCGGGCGAGCGGGCGGCGGUGCGUGGGCCGGCCGCCCUCCUCCGCGGCCGCUCCUCGGCGAGGAGCCGGGCCCUCCGCGGCCCCCUGCCCCGGCCCGGACAGCGGAGUCGCCGCCGCUAGGAAGCCGUGCGAGGAGGAGGAGGAGGAGAUGGGGGCGGCGGCCGGCGGCGGGGACCCCUGGAAGGAGUGCGCGGAGGCGGCGGUGCAGCUGGCGCUCCGCGCCGGACAGGUGAGAGGAUCGCUCCCCGCCCGCGCCGCGGAGCGCUGCCCGGCGUUGUUUCUUGUAACAGAAACUGAUCAUUUUGUGGAAAGUUGAAUUAUUUCUGUUCUGAAAGAGAAAUUUCCUUCCCACAGGUUUAUUGCAGAAGAGUCCACUGCUGCUGGUUCAAAAUGUGUCCUCACUGACAGUCCGACCUGGAUUAUUGAUCCUGUUGAUGGAACGUGCAACUUCGUGCACAGAUUUCCGACAGUGGCAGUGAGCAUUGGAUUUGCUGUUAACAAAGGGCUUGAAUUUGGUGUAAUUUACCACUGCGCUGAAGAACGAUUAUACACUGGUAGAAGAGCUCAAGGGGCAUUUUGUAAUGACAAAAGGCUUCAGGUAUCAAAAGAGACAGAUAUCUCAAAGGCCUUAAUUUUAACAGAAAUUGGUCCAAAACGUGACCCUGCGACUUUGAAAUUGUUCCUUGGAAACAUUGAGAGAUUGCUCAAGGCCCAAGCACACGGGGUCCGUGUGAUCGGGAGCUCAACCCUGGCCCUGUGCCAUUUGGCGUCCGGUGCUGCAGACGCCUAUUACCAGUUUGGGUUACAGUGCUGGGACUUGGCAGCAGCCACUGUCAUUAUUAGAGAGGCAGGUGGCACCGUGAUAGACACUUCAGGGGGACCGCUGGAUCUGAUGUCCUGCCGAGUGAUUGCUGCGGGCACCAGAGAGAUGGCUGUGUUCACAGCUCAGGAAUUACAAACCAUUCACUACAGACGGGAUGAUGAAAACUAA